AUGGACACAGCAAUAUUACCCACAAUCUUUUUCCUCCACAAACAUACAAUGCCAGCUGCAAAUCCAAUACUUGAAAAGGAAAACCAACCUAAUGAUUCAUCUGCUUUAGAUAUAAAACCAAUCAAUGCAUUUCUCUUCACACGUGCUAUCAUCUUUAUAGCAGUUGUCGAAUUGAUGCUAGUUCAAGGAUUUAAGAGUUUCUUGUCUGGUGUCUACGCUGACGCUCUUUGUUAUACAACAUACACCAUGAUAUCAUGUAUACUUCUUUCAUUUUUCCCUAUUGUUAUAACUGUUUUUGCAUUCACCAUAAGACAAAUAUCUGUUGGAAAGGCUAUAUACACGGCAUUUACUAUACUUGUAUUAUUUACAAUGAUUGUAAUGAAUUAUAGGUUUUUAUUGUCUUUUAGUCCUUCUGCUUGGCAAUUGGUUUGUCCUGUUUUAAGUUCUUUGGCAUCUUUUUGUAUGUAUAUGGAAGCUAUUACAAAAGAAAAGAAGAAGGAUGAAGAAAAGGUCGAAGUAUAG